CCUGAGUGACCAGAAGGGCUGGAGCCAGGAUCCACCCCUGCACACAGACCUCAUUUAAGGGCUGGCAGUGGAGACAAAGGAUAUCUCUGUGAUCAUAGCUGAUACGGUAACAUUCAUGGAUUAAAAAUACUUUUGAAUGAUAAUGUGUUUUUGCAAUAAUGUCUUAAGCUCUCACAGAUGGUGAAGUAGAUACUGAAUACUACAAAAUAUAAGGAAAGGUAAUUUGAAUCAUUCACCUCUCAAAGAGAACAGUGAAUUGUAUAUCAGGGCAUGAAUGACGUUAAACAGGUGCAGACUUAGAAGCAGAAAUUAAUACCAUACUGGCAAAUGCACAGCUUCAUGUUGUUACAGGAUGCUUCACUGGUGUUACUGUAUGAUGUCAGUAAAAUGAAAUACCAACUGUGUUUUGUCACUAUCUAUUCUUGUUGGCUUCUUAAAAGCGUAAUUAGAGCUUCUGUAGAACAUAAUUUUAAAAGUAAGUUGUGUUUUUGAAAUCUAAUGAGAAAUGUUUAAUGCAUAUCAUUCUCAUGUUCACAGGUUACUUCGAUGAACACUUAAGACGUAGGGCAGUGAUCCACUGCUAGCAAUUCAUACUGUGACUUAUGUUCACUGUAUAAAACUCCAAUGAAUAAAUAUAAUGCCGAUGCAAAGAGAUUUAUAUUCUUUUGUGUGUGACUGGAUGAUCUCUCACAGAAAUAAGUAGAGAAUUCAACGUAGCACUGCUGAAAGUUAGUCAACUCAGUGUGCAGAUCUGAGUUGCACACUGAUGAAAUGUGAAAGCCUUCAGAUAAUUUGUUGUAUAUGUGCCUAUGAAAAUGUUAAACAGUUUGAUCCAUUUAUGCAGGUUAGCAAAAGAUGUAGGCAGGUGCCCAGAGUUUGACUGAAUUUUUACAGCACUUUAUCUAGUGUUAAACUGUCCAAUAGUCAGAGAUGGAAGCUGUCCAGACUGGUGUUUGUCAUGACUGUAUUUUACUGUUUUUCUCAACCAAGCUCUUUUGAGUUUUACCAAAUAAGAGUCCUUGAGGAAGUAUGAGAUAAGGAGGAAUGCCGCUAGCCAAAUAUGACAAACUAUUUCUGCACAGUCUACAUGAAUAAUGAAUAACUUCUGAUAGAGUUAGGGUAAAGCUUGACCAGGUUCUUGAGAUGAAGGAUCUGCAAAGAUGCAGGAUUACAAAGUGUUGUUGGAGGAGACUGGUCUUAGGGUUUAUACAUAGUCCUCAAUCCAGGUAACACAUCUACCCAUGUCACUUCAGGUAAUCAAAAACCCUUCAGUUUAGCUAAGAAGUGUUCAGUCAGGAAUGUUACAUUUGUUUGUAGUACGUAAGCUCCACAAAUAAAGAUAGUAACCAAUGUUUGGUUAGUAAGUAAGCCUGAUGCCUUGCCAGAUGAGAGUGGUGUUGACAGGUAUGCAUCCAAACUCCUGAAAAUUCAGUCUUCCCCAUGUCAUGGACAAGCUAGAGACUUGAAUGAUGAUUCUCUGCACAACAUUGAGGGGUGCAUAAAAUACAUAGGUUUAUCUUCCUGUUGAACCAUUCACUUGUGUUUUAUGUUUGUUUUCAUGUUUCAUUUCUGGUCUGUCUGGCUUAUCUCAAGCACAGAAUCUGUGAAAGUGAUUCAGUGACUGAAAGAAUUGUCCUGCCAAAGCUGUCUUUGCACGGAUGGCUGUGAUCAUAUAAUUUCUGAAAACCUAAUCCUUAUUUUUAUCAAAUGUAAAAUCGUGUAAAAUAUCUCGUCCUGGUUUUAAAUAUCAGUUACCAAAAUUCCAAUGAAGCACAGUUUAUUGAAGUUUUCUCAAUAAUGCUCAUCAGGUCAGGAAGGUGGCUAUCUUCUUUCUCAUCUAUUUGUAAGGACAGUGAACAUUAGUUUUAGUGACAGGUGAUACAGCUCCAGUUCUUACUUGUAAGCUUUUUAUAAUAUUCCUAUUGAUUUUUGUUCUUAGAGUGCGUGAAUUUUCAUAAUUCAAGUUGUUCAUGUGCCUUAUUACAGCAUGUAACAUAAGACAUAAAUAGGAAAAAAAAAAAUCUACUGGUAUGUUGUGAUAUGUUGAGCAUGCUUCCUGCAUCAGGAAUCAGUGAUGUUGAAAUCAGAUUGGAUAUUGGUACAAUUGAAAGAGCAGAUACGGUGGCUAUAUUGUGUGUUUAUACUUCUGUGAUUGUAGGAACAAGAAUAACAUUGAAAGUCUGAAGGUUCUUGGGUACUUAAUUAUGGGCACAUAAUGUAAAGUGAUGUCUGCUACAUACACUCUCGAGGGAAAAAUGUUUUUUAAUUCUUUUACAGUAAUAUAGAGUGCCUUUCUUUAGAUUUUAUUCUGAAAUUUAUACAUUUAUUUAAAACCUCUCGGAACACCCUUUCCUGUCCAUCAGGAAAAUGAGUACUGAUGGGAUUAAAUAUGUGUGAGACUUUAAAUGGUAAAUUGUCCUAGCUAGGAAGUGAUUGCUUUGUUAGAUAAGCUUCAGAGCCCUGAUCAUGGUUUAUUUAAAGUGAGAGGAAAGGAGGAAUAAAUGAAAAUCACAAAAAGAAGCUUAAAAAAAUCAAAUGUUCACUGGUGAUUCCCACGCUUUUCCUUCAAAUAGCACUUUGCAUAUUGACUCAUUCUUUAUCAGGAAACCUGACAGUGGGUAAACAGUUUAGAAUUGAGUCCACACUUAACUGUUUCCUUCAGUUAGGAUUUCUUUGUUUGGGAUGUAAAUAUUGAAUGAUGGAUUUACUUAAUAAUUAUUGAGAUUAUUUUAUAAGGAGGUAGAUGGUUUUUCUAGACAGAAAUGCAACUGAUGACAAAUUUAUUUCAGAGAUGAAUAUGCUACAUAUCUAGACCUAAGGAAUAUAGUUUUUAAAAAUAUCUGUUUGUGUGUGUAUACAUACAGACAUGCUUCUGUUACUUUUCCUUAGUCGGUUUUCAAAAUUGCAUGAAAUACCUUCCAAAAAUAAUUCCUGGACAAUUUAGAGGUAUAGUUCCCUGCAAGUAGCAGUGUGGUCUCCUGCUUCAAGACAGAGUGAAUACUGAUGUUUUUGACCUGCCUGGUGACUUUAAUAUUCUUUUGAGAGUGUGGGAUGAUUAUUUUGUAGUUCCUUUAAGCUUUGAUAUAGACUGUCCAAUGGACCCUGUCUUGUGUUAUAAACAGUUGAGUUCUGAAUCCUACAUAGGGAUAAUUUGAGUGAAAGCAUUGCAAGAAAUUGGUAGAUUGAGACUCUACUUCUCAUAUUACAUCAAAUUUUAAUACUGACAGGUUUGUUGUAACACACCUUGAACAGAUCAAAGUGGUAAUUUAACUUCAACAUGCAGAAGUGUUUAUUUUUGAAAUGGAAAACUCUAUUCAUUCUCAGUUGUAAAUGUUCUUGUUUUUCUUUCAGAUUCCUCUUUACAUCAGUAGAAAUGGACAGCAGCAGUUUCAUUCAGUUUGAUGUGCCUGAGUACAGCAACACUGUUCUGAGCCAGUUAAAUGAACUCCGCUUGCAAGGAAAGCUGUGUGACAUAAUUGUGCAUAUUCAGGGUCAGCCAUUUCGAGCCCAUAAAGCUGUCUUAGCGGCCAGUUCGCCAUAUUUUCGUGACCAUUCAGCAUUAAGCACCAUGAGUGGCUUAUCAAUAUCGGUUAUUAAAAAUCCCAAUGUUUUUGAACAGUUGCUUUCAUUCUGUUACACUGGAAGGAUGUCCUUACAACUGAAGGAUGUUGUUAGUUUUCUAACUGCAGCUAGCUUUCUACAGAUGCAGUGUGUCAUUGAUAAAUGCACGCAGAUACUGGAGAGUAUUCAUUCAAAGAUCAGUGUUGGUGAUGUUGACUCUGUUACUGUUGGUGCUGAAGAAAAUUCAGAAAAUCGCAAUGGAGUUAAAGACAGCAGCUACUUUGCCAACCCUAUUGAGAUAUCUCCCCCCUAUUGCUCUCAGGUGCGACAGUCAACAGCAAGCAGUGAUCUUAGGAUGGAAACUACUCCAGGCAAAAGUCUACGUAGUCGACUGCAAGAAGAAGGGCAUUCAGAUCGAGGAAGCAGUGGGAGUAUCUCUGAAUACGAGGUUCAAAUUGAGGGUGAUCAUGAGCAAGGAGACUUGAUAGUAAGAGAAAGUCAGAUUGCAGAGGUGAAAGUUAAAAUGGAAAAGUCUGACAGGCCAAGUUGUUCUGAUAGCUCUUCCCUUGGUGAUGAUGGAUAUCAUACUGAAAUGGUGGAUGGAGAGCAAGUAGUAGCAGUGAAUGUUGGCUCCUAUGGGUCUGUUCUACAACAUGUUUAUUCAUUUACCCAUGCCUCAUCACAGGCUACUGGUGUGUCUGAAACUUUUGGAAACCUUAGCAAUUCAAGUCCCUCAAGGUCAAUGCUGAGCUGUUUCAGAGGGGGUCGUGCACGCCAAAAACGGAUAUCCACUGGUCAUUUACAUAGUGAUGUUCAAGGCUUGCUGCAAGGGACUGAUGGUGAUUCCAUGGUGAGUAAUACAGGAUAUGAAAAUAAUCCACGGGAAAGAAAUGCAAGAAGUCACUGGUAUCCAUACAAUGAGAGGCUGAUUUGUAUUUACUGCGGGAAGUCUUUCAACCAGAAAGGGAGCCUUGAUCGACACAUGCGGUUGCACAUGGGAAUAACUCCUUUUGUGUGCAAAUUCUGUGGGAAGAAAUAUACCCGCAAGGACCAACUUGAGUAUCAUAUUCGCGGUCACACAGAUGAUAAGCCCUUUCGCUGUGAGAUCUGUGGCAAAUGUUUUCCUUUCCAGGGUACACUAAACCAGCAUUUACGAAAAAAUCACCCUGGGGUAACAGAAGUAAGAAGCAGGAUGGAGUCUCCAGACAGAACAGAAGCGUUUGUGGAACAGAAAGUAGAUAAUGAUGCUUCAGCUUCUGAAGCCAUGGAUUCUAGUAUGGAAGUUCAUGCAAUGUCUAACACGUCAGAUUAAAAUAUUACACUGUAAAGUGCAAAACAAACAAGCACAUUAAUGAUGUAUUUUAAAAAUCUCUUAUUCUUUUGGUAGUCUUCAUUACAAGUAUAAGAACCUUUUAAUUUUCCUGACCUUCUGGAACUUUUUUUGAAAUAGUUUCUGGAAAAGACUACAUAAAUAUUCUUUGUUUCUGUAGGAGGCUGGGCUGGUGGGGUUUUUUUUCCACUUUUGAAAAUGCUUAAAAUAUAAAAGACUGUGCUAGGGAACAGAUGGGAAGAGUCUGAUAAAGUGUCCCUACUGGUUGAUCUGGUAAGACACAAAUUCCAGUGGAGAAAGAUAUUAGAAUAUGAUUUAUCUCUCUGCUGGAUACACAAAGAAGCUGUAGUCUUUUAUUUUAUUUUAUUUUACUUAAUUUCAUAAAUCCUAUUGCUGAUAAGGAGGGUUACAUAGCAGUGGGGAAAGAGAAUAUUACAUAUUUGAUUCCUUCAUUUGUACCAUUGUUUUUUUUCUUCCUAGCUGAUUUUGAUAGUCUGUUUAUAUAUAUAAAUUUGCUUUAUAUAUAUAAAAUGCUUUCACUUUUCCUAUUCUGGUUGAAGUGAAUGUAAAAAUAUGUGAAGGUUUAUACCAUGUACCAUUCUUUCAACUGCUAGAUCUCCUCUGUCUAGGAUUUAGGACAUCAGACUUUGGGAGAAUCUUUUUGGUUUUAGAAGAAUGUUUGGUUUUCCUUUUAUUAAACUAUUACUUUGUGUGCAAAUGAGAGCAAAGUGUAUUACCUUGUUUUAAUAGCUUUGCUCUGUAACAUUUGUAAACCAAAUGCCAUAAAUCUAUUAAAUUAUGGUUAAAUUGUUAAGGGGUUUUGUUAGUUGUCUAGAACAUAAACUGGACAACCUGUGGUGCUGACCUUUUUAUAUAUAUAGAGAUAGAUAUAUAUAUCUAUAUAUAUAUAUAUAUAUAUA